AUGUCUACACAACAGCUCAACGGCACCACAGCCAAACUCCUCGUCCUUGUCACGGGCGCUAACCAAGGCCUGGGCUACUACGCCAGCCAACAGCUCGCCUCCACCGGCAAAUACCACAUCUUCCUCGGCAGCCGCGACCUCAACAAAGCACACAAAGCGAUCCAACAGCUCGUCGCUGACGACUCCGUCAAAGUCUCCGAGCACGACCUCGAGCCCAUCCAGAUCAACGUUACCUCAGACGACUCCAUCAAAGCUGCCGCCAAGCACGUCGCGGACAAGUAUGGCUACCUCGACAUCCUCAUGAACAAUGCCGGUAUCGCCGCGCAGCAAGCGGCCAAUGCGGACGGAACUGGUCCCACGCUCCGGGAGCUGUAUCAUCGGCAUUACGAUACGAAUUUGUUCGGUGCUGCGGUGGUUACGGAAGCGUUUCUACCGUUGCUUAAGAAGUCGACUACGGAAGGUGGCAAGCGCAUUGCGUUCACAUCGUCUGCUCUGUCUUCGCUGGAGUGGGCUGCAACACUUGAUGGCGAGAUGUCGGGCGCGAACUAUCCGUUGUAUCGCUCGACGAAGACCGCCGAGAAUAUGGUCAUGAUCCAUUAUGCGCGCUCCUUGGAGGCUGAAGGCUUCGUUGUCUCUGCUUCUGAUCCGGGAUACUGCGCCACCAACUUGAACUACUAUCAUGGCGCGAAAGACCCGAGGCAGGGCGCCAAAGCAUUGGUGAUUGCGGCUACUGGGGUGAAGGAGCAGAUCCAUGGUCGGGUUGUAGAUGACGAAAGCAAUGCUGAACCGUGGUGA